AUGGCUACACCAAGAUUCCAGAAAGUCAACUUUGGGAGCUAUGAUAAUUAUAUUCCAGUCAGUGAAUUAAACAGAAAAUCAUGGAAUCAGCAAUACUUUGCCCUGGCAUUUCCCAAACCGCCACGGCCAGGAAGAAAAAGGAGAUCAAUGCCUUCCCAAUUACAAGACAAUAGAAUUCCUGAACAUGAUCAAGGCAAAUUAAGGGGACGUCGUAGACAACCAUUAUGGAUGCACCAUUCUGUAAUGACAAUUUCCGAUCCAUCUGCUUAUUUAGCUGCCAGGACGCAGCCUACAGCUAAAUCAACUCGUCGCCCCAGGGAAGAGGCUGGAGUAGCAGAAAUAGGAACUAAAGGCGAAAAAGACAUUGCAAAAACAGACGCCAAAAAAGACAAGAAGGGUUCAAAGAAGGGCAAGGAGUCAGCUACCGAAUCUGAAGAUGAGAAAAAGGAUGCAAAGAAAGGUUCCAAAAAAGAUAAGAAAGAUUCAAAGAAGGGCAAGGAGUCAGCUACAGAAUCCGAAGAUGAGAAAAAGGAUGCAAAGAAAGAUGCCAAAAAAGAUAAGAAAGAUUCAAAGAAGGGCAAGGAGCCUGCUACAGAAUCCGAAGAAGAGAAAAAGGAUGCAAAGAAAGAUGCCAAAAAAGAUACGAAAGAAGCAAAGAAGGGCAAGGAGCCAGCUACGGAAUCCGAAGGUGAAAAAAAGGAUGCAAAGAAGCAUAAGGAUGAGAAAAAAGACACAAAGAAACCCAGUGAUAAGGGUGAUGAAUCAAAGGACAAGAAAGAUGCAAAGGGGAAGGGGAGUAAAAAAGAAAAGAAAGAUGAAAAGAAGCCCGGUAAGACAGAUAGCAAAUCAAAGGAUGAUGCCAAGAAAGAUGCCAAAAAAGAAACUGAGACAGAUUCUGCUGAUGCAAAGAAGGAUGCAAAGAAAGAUGCAAAGAAAGAUGCAAAGAAGGAUGCAAAGAAGGAUGCAAAGAAGGAAGCAAAGAAGGGCAAGUAGGCCUUCAAUAAUAAUUCAAAAGUAUAUUUGAUAAAACACUUUUAGUAGUCUGAAACUGAAUCUACGAGAGUAAAGAGCAGUUCAAAUAUUAAUCAAAUAAUUUUUUAAAUGAAGCAAAGAAGAACACAAAGAAAGACUCAGAGAAGCUUCAUUAAAAAUGUGAGGAACAAGUUAAGAAAAAUUAAGAGAGAACUCAUUGAAGGAUUUGGAGGAUGCUUGUGCUAAAUUUGGGGAUAUAAAGGAUUCAGUGAAAGAUCCCAAGAAAGAUUUAAAGAAGAAUAUUCAAAUAAGGAUAUAAAAGUUAAUGACACUGAAUCUGUGGAUUAAAAAAAAAAAACUCAACAAAGGCUUCAAAAAAAUCCAAGUAGGCGUUAUGUUGACUCCAUAGAUUCAAACAAUCUGAAGCUGCAUCCAGAGGUUUAAAUGAAGAAAUAUAGGAGUCAUGAGAGGAAGUUAAACAAAUUUCAGAAAGUCUACUUUCAAAUGAAUAUGAAUACAAAUCAAAGGUAGCAUUCAUCAAAAAAAAAAUGAAAAUAUUAUUACUUCUGUGUGAGCCUAUACCACUCUCUGUGAAGUGUAAAUAGCCACAACCAGGUGGACGGAUGUUGAAUGUUCCACUUGCACACCCAGCUAAAUACAACUGAGAAUGUUAUAAGAAGAUGUCAAACAGGAUAGAGAUAAUUGAGAACACGAGCAUGGAAAAACUAAGAAGGAAAAAUACACAGAAAAAGGAAAUUUAUAAAGGUCCUA